AUGAGCCUCGCUUUCAACACCGAUUCUAUCGUCCCACUAUGGCUGAACGGAGCCCAGCGCGUGACAAAGGCCACCUUUGACGUGGUCUCACCCGUCUCCCAUCAGGUCUUAUGGAAAGCCUCUGCGGCUGACGAAGGCGAUGUCGAAGAUGCGAUCGCAUCAGCCGCUACAGCCUUUGAGACAUGGCGAUGGACAAAGCCCCAAGAGCGGCGCGAGAUCUUCUUACGAGCCUACGAGCUCCUGAAGGAGCGUCGGGAUCAGAACAUGGCAUACAGUACCACAGAGACCGGGGUGCCACCGGUCAUGUUUGGAUUCGAAUACAACGGUGCCAUCGAUAUCUGUCUGCAGCUGGCCGGCCUGUCCGCGCAUUAUGGCACCGUAGUCGAUCCUGACGCAAAUGACACCAGUGCAGUGGUCAUCAGUCAACCGUAUGGCGUGGUGUUGGGAAUUGGUCCCUGGAAUGCUCCCCAUACACUCGGCAUGCGCUCCUGUCUGUUCCCUCUCGCUGCUGGAAACACAGUCAUCCUGAAAGGCCCCGAGCUGGCGCCAGCAACAUACUGGCAUUUCGUUUCGAUUCUGCAUGAAGCCGGUCUCCCGGCUGGCUGUUUGAACACCAUCUAUCAUCGACCAAGUGGCGCUGCCGCCAUCACAAAGCAGCUCAUAUCGCAUCCAGCCAUUCGAAAGGUGAAUUUCACCGGUAGCACCGCUGUUGGGUCUAUUAUUGCCGGGCUUUGCGGACAAUAUAUCAAGCCCUGUCUGCUUGAGCUGGGCGGGAAAGCAAGCGUCAUUGUCUGCGAGGAUGCAAACCUCGAACUGGCCGCAGAGCAAUGCGCGUUGGGCGCUUUCAGCCAUGCAGGUCAGGUCUGUAUGAGCACUGAGCGCAUCAUCGUUCAUGACAGUGUGGCCGACCGCUUUCGUCCGAUCCUGAAGGCGGCGAUCGAGCGUAUCUUUGGUGCGGGUCAGCCGGCGCCCGUUCUCAUCAAUGAGAAGGCCGCAGCUAAAGUGCGUGGUCUCGUGCAGGAUGCAGUUACGAAGGGGGCAAAUCUUUUGUAUGGUUCUUUAUCCGAUGCGAAUGAGGGGGUGAAUCGCCUUCUACCCAUGGUGGUUGAGGAUGUUCAACCUGGCAUGGACAUCUACUACAACGAGUCCUUUGGGCCGUCUGUGUCACUCUACACUUUCACAGAUGAUGAACAAGCACUGAAGCUGGCCAACGAUACCGCGUAUGGCCUCACGGGAGCAGUGUUCACAGAGGAUCUACGACGCGGACUCAGCCUUGCCAAACGACUGGAAACUGGAGCAGUGCAUAUCAAUAAUAUGACCAUUCACGACGAGGUUUCGUUGCCCCAUGGUGGUGUGAAAGACAGCGGUUUUGGGCGGUUCAAUGGGCCUGACGGGCUGAGGGAAUGGGUGAAGACGAAGUCGAUUACCUGGCGGGACUGA